AUGCCUCUCGCGAGGAGUGACUCGCUGCAGGACAUUGACUUCACCCUCCGGCAGCAAUUCAACAAAACAGCGUUCAGGCCGUAUCAGCGCGAGAUCAUCCUCGCCGCCCUCGAUGGAAAAGAUGUCUUUGUGCAGGCAGCCACCUCGUUCGGCAAGAGUUUGUGCUUUCAACUGCCUGCCGUGAUAGACAGGGGCAUCACAAUCGUCAUCUCGCCUCUGCUGAGUCUGAUGAUGAACCAAGUCGAGACCCUUCGCGCAGCCAAUGUCGACGCCCGCACGUUAAACAGCAAUAUCUCGUUGGCGGAGCGGGAUCGAAUAUACCAGGAUCUGGCUACUGGCCAUCCUCGUGCUCGCCUCCUCUACGUGACCCCCGAGCUCUGUUCGCUCGACCGCUUCCGCGAGCGGCUCAAGUUUGUGCACGAGCAGAGGGAACUCGCCCGCAUCGUCGUCGAUGAAGCCCACUGCAUCUCGGAAUGGGGCCAUGACUUCCGCAGAGACUUCAAGCGGCUCUCGUGGUUCCGCGAGACGUUUCCGGACGUGCCCAUCAUGUGUCUGACGGCCACGGCCAACGAGCAGGUCCGCAGGGACAUUCUGUCGACCCUCGGGCUCGAUAAGACGCCCGAGAGGCUGCGGAACUUUACCAUGACCGCCCACCGCCCGAACCUCCACCUCGAGGUGCGAUUCACGAGCGACGAGGCAAACGACCGCUACGACGACUUCGUCACCUGGCUCAAGGGCGUCUACUCGCGGCGAGCGGCCGCCGACCGCAAGCGCGAGCUCGAUGCCACGGGCGAGCGCGUCGAGAACGUGCCGGGCAUCAUAUACACCCUCUCGCGCGACGAGUGCGAGUCGCUCGCGGCCGCCCUCCGCUGCGACGAGAUCGGCGCCCGCCCCUUCCACGCCAAGCUGCCCAAGGAGGUCAAGGAGGAGACGCUGGCGCGCUGGAUCGCCAACGAGCCCGGGUACGACAUCAUCGUGGCCACCACGGCGUUCGGCAUGGGCAUCGACAAGGAGAACGUCCGCUUCGUCGUGCACUGGCGGCUGCCCAAGAGCUUCGAGGGGUACUACCAGGAGGCCGGCCGGGCCGGGCGCGACGGGAACGCGAGUUACUGCUUCCUGUACUACGCUCGCGAGGACAGAGAUCGGGUGUGCAACAUGGUGAUGAGAGACGGGCCGGGGUCGGGCGCGGGCGGGGCGGGCAGCGCUAAGAACAAGCAGGCGCGACUGGAGAGCCUGAGCCGGCUGGUCGAGUACUGCGAGGAUACGAAUACUUGCCGGCACGCGGCGAUUUGCCGGUAUUUUGGGGAGGAACAGGUGCCCGAGUGUGACUACGCUUGUGACUGGCACAAGGACGCGCCGGGGUUGAAGCGGAGGAUGAUGAAGGGGCUGGCGAGCGAGGAGUGGGUGAGCACCCAACGACAGGAGGGCGCGUAUGAUGAUUACUAUUAUAGCGACUAG